AUGGCUACGAACCGACGGUAUGACGGUGACCAUGAAUUUGCGCUUGACUAUCAUGUGCGAGCGCUGUUGCAACAGCCGGACACAGCGGCGGCCAGCAGAAUUGAUGCUGAUGCGAAUGUCAAUGUCAUAGUGGCGCAGUAUGCGCAGUUAAAAAUGGGCAAUGCUGCGCGUGUGGAUGCCAUCAAGCUUACACCAGGGGACAGGGUGUAG